CGGGGUCGGGGGCGCGCGGCCGAAGCGGACAAGGGACGCGGCGACGGUUGACUGUGGCUGUUGAGAGAGUACAGGACAGUCAGGACCGCGAGAGGCGGCGACAGAGGCAGUAGCUGCACCGGCAGAGGCGGCCGCUGGCAGCAGUUGAGGCGGCGGUCCAACGCGUGCUCUCUGGGCGGGGUGCAGCGGGGGAUGUGCCUGCCCAGGCCGGGCGGAGUCUCUCUGACAGGGCGGGGGAUGCGCAGCGGCCGCUCGCCCGGACCCUGAGGCUGCUGGGCCCACCCUCCCGGAACCGUCCGACCCUCGGUGGCCUCGGCCUCCUCUGCCAUCUCCCGCCCGACCCUGGGGCGGAGGGUGGGAGGCAGCUUCCGCCCAAGAGGAGGGGGCUGCGGUGGCCACCGCGGCGGAGCCCGAGUUAUUUUACCAAGAAAAUGGUUUGCACGACUUUGAACAUAUACUAUCCAUGCUGAUGGGACAGGAUCCAAUAUGAAUAUAAAUGAUGGAGGAAGACGACGCUUUGAAGAUAAUGAACAUACAUUACGGAUCUAUCCUGGGACUAUUUCAGAAGGGACAAUCUACUGUCCUAUUCCUGCCAGAAAAAACUCCACAGCUGCUGAGGUGAUUGAGUCUCUUAUAAACAAACUUCAUCUUGACAAAACAAAAUGUUAUGUUCUAGCGGAGGUAAAGGAAUUUGGUGGAGAAGAAUGGAUUCUCAAUCCAACAGACUGUCCAGUUCAGCGAAUGAUGUUGUGGCCCCGAAUGGCUCUGGAAAAUCGCUUAAGUGGAGAGGACUACCGCUUUCUUCUGAGAGAGAAAAACCUUGAUGGAUCGAUCCAUUAUGGUAGCCUGCAGUCAUGGCUACGGGUAACAGAAGAACGUCGCAGGAUGAUGGAACGGGGUUUUCUUCCACAGCCUCAACAGAAAGACUUUGAUGACUUAUGUAGUUUACCUGAUUUGAAUGAGAAAACUCUCUUAGAAAACCUACGAAAUCGCUUUAAGCAUGAAAAAAUUUAUACCUAUGUUGGCAGUAUUCUAAUAGUUAUUAACCCAUUCAAGUUUCUUCCUAUUUAUAACCCCAAAUAUGUCAAAAUGUAUGAUAACCACCAACUGGGAAAACUUGAGCCCCACAUUUAUGCUGUGGCUGAUGUAGCUUAUCAUGCCAUGCUUCAGCGCAAAAAGAAUCAGUGCAUCGUGAUUUCGGGAGAGAGUGGUUCUGGGAAGACUCAAAGCACAAACUUUCUUAUUCACCACCUUACCGCUCUCAGUCAGAAAGGAUUUGUCAGUGGAGUAGAACAGAUUAUUCUUGGAGCUGGACCAGUACUUGAGGCCUUUGGAAAUGCAAAGACGGCUCAUAAUAACAAUUCAAGUCGUUUUGGGAAGUUUAUUCAAGUAAAUUACCAGGAAACAGGCACUGUACUUGGUGCCUAUGUUGAAAAAUAUCUACUGGAGAAGUCCAGACUCGUUUAUCAAGAGCAUAAUGAACGGAACUAUCAUGUAUUCUAUUACCUCUUGGCAGGAGCAAGUGAAGACGAGAGAUCAGCAUUCCAUCUUAAGCAACCAGAGGAAUAUCAUUAUCUCAAUCAGAUAACAAAGAAACCCCUCAGACAGAGCUGGGAUGAUUAUUGCUAUGACUCUGAGCCGGAUUGCUUCAUGGUGGAAGGAGAGGAUUUGAGACAUGAUUUUGAGCGCCUACAACUUGCCAUGGAAAUGGUAGGAUUUCUUCCCAAGACACGAAGACAGAUUUUCUCUCUUCUCUCAGCCAUACUACAUUUGGGUAAUAUCUGUUAUAAAAAGAAGACAUACCGGGAUGACUCCAUUGAUAUCUGUAAUCCUGAAGUUCUGCCUAUUGUCUCAGAAUUAUUAGAAGUUAAAGAAGAGAUGCUAUUUGAAGCAUUAGUUACAAGGAAGACGGUGACAGUGGGAGAAAAGCUUAUUUUGCCAUACAAGUUGGCAGAGGCUGUGACAGUGAGGAACUCCAUGGCUAAGUCUCUAUAUAGUGCCCUGUUUGACUGGAUAGUUUUUCGAAUUAAUCAUGCACUUCUGAAUAGUAAAGAUUUAGAGCAUAAUACUAAGACAUUGUCCAUUGGUGUUCUUGAUAUUUUUGGGUUUGAAGAUUAUGAAAAUAACAGCUUUGAACAGUUCUGUAUUAAUUUUGCUAAUGAACGUUUACAGCACUACUUUAAUCAGCAUAUCUUUAAAUUGGAACAAGAGGAAUAUAGAACUGAAGGUAUCAGCUGGCACAACAUAGAUUACAUUGAUAAUACCUGCUGUAUAAAUCUUAUUAGCAAAAAACCAACAGGACUGCUUCAUCUUUUGGAUGAAGAAAGCAACUUUCCACAGGCUACAAAUCAAACAUUGCUAGACAAGUUUAAGCAUCAACAUGAAGAUAAUUCUUACAUCGAAUUUCCAGCCGUGAUGGAGCCUGCUUUCAUUAUAAAACAUUAUGCUGGAAAAGUAAAAUAUGGGGUAAAGGAUUUCCGGGAAAAAAAUACAGAUCAUAUGCGCCCAGACAUUGUAGCUCUUCUGAGAAGCAGCAAGAAUGCAUUUAUCUCUGGGAUGAUUGGAAUUGAUCCUGUAGCUGUUUUCCGAUGGGCAAUUCUCCGAGCUUUUUUCAGAGCCAUGGUUGCUUUCAGGGAAGCUGGGAAAAGACACAUUCACAGAAAAGCUGGACAUGAUGAUACAGCGCCAUGUGCAAUUUUGAAAAGUAUGGAUAGUUUUAGCUUUCUCCAACACCCAGUCCACCAGAGGAGCUUAGAGAUUCUGCAGAGAUGCAAGGAAGAGAAGUACAGUAUAACCCGGAAAAAUCCCAGAACACCUCUUUCUGAUCUCCAGGGCAUGAAUGCUCUAAAUGAAAAAAACCAACAUGAUACAUUUGAUAUUGCCUGGAAUGGCAGAACUGGGAUUCGCCAGAGCAGACUAUCAAGUAGCACCUCCUUGCUUGAUAAAGAUGGAAUAUUUGCUAAUUCAACUAGCAGCAAACUCCUGGAGAGAGCCCAUGGAAUUCUCACGAGAAACAAAAAUUUCAAACCCAAGCCUGCCCUUCCAAAGCACUUGCUAGAAGUAAAUUCUUUAAAGCACCUGACAAGACUGACACUACAAGAUCGCAUUACCAAGUCUCUUCUUCAUUUACACAAGAAGAAAAAACCUCCCAGCAUCAGUGCCCAGUUUCAGACAUCAUUAAGCAAGCUAAUGGAAACACUUGGUCAAGCAGAACCAUAUUUUGUAAAAUGCAUCCGCUCUAAUGCUGAAAAGCUGCCCUUAAGGUUCAAUGAUGCCUUGGUACUUAGACAGCUUCGAUACACUGGAAUGCUGGAAACAGUUCGAAUUCGCCAAUCAGGAUACAGCUCCAAAUAUUCUUUCCAGGAUUUUGUGAGCCACUUCCAUGUACUUCUUCCCCGAAAUAUUAUUCCAUCCAAAUUUAACAUUCAGGAUUUCUUCAGGAAAAUAAAUCUUAAUCCAGAUAAUUAUCAAGUUGGAAAAACCAUGGUCUUUCUAAAGGAGCAGGAACGACAGCACUUACAAGAUCUGCUUCAUCAAGAGGUGCUCCGCAGAAUCAUAUUGUUGCAGCGAUGGUUCAGGGUCUUGCUGUGUAGGCAGCAUUUCCUCCAUCUGAGACAAGCAUCUGUUAUUAUCCAGAGAUUCUGGAGGAAUUACCUAAAUCGGAAGCAAGUCAGAGAUGCAGCUGUGCAGAGGGAUGCUUUUGUUAUGGCUAGUGCAGCUGCUCUUCUCCAAGCUUCCUGGCGUGCUCACUUAGAGAGGCAGCGGUACUUGGAGCUACGGGCUGCAGCCAUCGUUAUCCAGCAGAAAUGGAGAGAUCACUAUAGGCGCAGGCACAUGGCUGCUAUUUGCAUACAAGCAAGAUGGAAAGCCUACAGGGAACGUAAAAGGUACCAAGAACAAAGGAAAAAAAUUAUCCUUUUGCAAUCAACAUGUAGAGGAUUCAGAGCAAGACAAAGAUUUAAAGCUUUAAAAGAACAAAGGCUAAGAGAAGCAAAACCAGAACUUGGAUUGGUGAAUAUUAAAGGAUAUGGAUCUCUGGAAAUUCAGGGUUCAGACCCUUCAGAAUGGGAGGAUUGUUCUUUUGACAACAGAGUAAAAGCCAUAGAGGAAUGUAAAUCUGUAACAGAGAGUAAUCGAAUUAGCCAUGAAAGUUCGGUGGACUGCUUGAAGGAGUCACCAAACAAGCAGCAGGAGAGAGCCCAAAGCCGGAGUGGUGUGGACUUGCAGGAAGAUGUGCUUGUAAGAGACAGACCCAGAUCCUUGGAGGAUCUCCAUCAGAAAAAAGUAGGCCGGGCUAAAAGAGAAAGUAGGAGAAUGAGAGAACUAGAGCAAGCUAUAUUUAGCUUAGAAUUGCUGAAAGUUCGUUCUCUUGGUGGUGUUUCUCCUUCAGAGGAUCGCAGAUGGUCUACAGAAUUGGUGCCUGAAGGCCUUCAAUCUCCACGGGGUACACCUGAUAGUGAGAGCUCUCAAGGAAGCUUGGAACUUCUGAGCUCUGAGGAAAGCCAAAAGAGCAAACUAGAAUCUGUAAUUUCAGAUGAAGGAGACUUGCUGUUUCCAUCACCUAAGAUAUCCAGCAGUCCAAAAUUUGAUUCACGGGACAAUGCCCUCAGUGCCUCAAAUGAGACUAGCUAUGCAGAGCAUUUGAAGGAUGGAACUAUGAAGGAAAAGGUGGUCUGCAGUUCUGAGUCUAUUACCUGUAAACCACAGCUGAAAGACUCCUUCAUUUCAAAUAGUCUGCCUACUUUUUUUUAUAUCCCCCAACAAGACCCACUGAAAACAAAUCCCCAACUAGACACAAGUAUCCAAAGAAACAAACUAUUGGGAAAUGAAGACACACCAGGGGAAGCUCUUACUUUGGAUAUCAACAGGGAAACUAGAAGGUAUCACUGCUCAGGAGAAGAUCAAAUUGUUCCUCCUUUGAAUAUAGAGUCUUCUAAUCCUAUACUUAAGAAGUUAGAAAAGCUAAACACUGAGAAGGAAGAAAGGCAAAAGCAGUUGCAGCAACAGAAUGAAAAAGAGAUGAUGGAACAGAUUCGCCAGCAAACAGAUAUUUUAGAGAAGGAGCGCAAAGCGUUCAAGACAAUUGAAAAGCCAAGAAUUGGAGAGUGUUUGGUGGCACCAUCUUCCUAUCAGUCAAAGCAGAGAGUAGAGAGGCCAUCCUCUCUCCUCAGCUUAAAUACCUCAAAUAAGGGAGAACUUAACGUACUGGGGUCCCUAUCAGUAAAAGAUGCAGCUCUUGCCCAGAAAGACAGCUCCUCUGCUCGCUUACCCCCAAAGGAUAGACCUGUCACCGUGUUCUUUGAAAGAAAAGGAAGUCCAUGCCAAUCUAGUACUGUUAAGGAAUUAUCCAAGACAGACAGAAUGGGUGCCCAGCUGAAUGUAGCCUGUAAACUCUCUAAUAAUCGCAUUUCAAAAAGAGAACACUUUAGGCCAACUCAGUCUUAUAGCCACAAUUCUGAUGACCUUUCCAGAGAGGGAAAUACUAGGCCCAUUUUCUUCACUCCAAAGGACAAUAUGAAUAUUCCCCUUGUCAGCAAAGAAGCCUUAAACAGUAAAAAUCCUCAACUCCGUAAAGAAGAUGAACCAGCAUGGAAACCUGUGAAGUUAGCUGGGCCAGGCCAAAGAGAGCAGGUUGCCAGACCGGCCCAUAAAAAGAAAGCUCGAAUGGCGCGGACGCGCUCCGAUUUCUUGACUAGAGGUACUUUUGCCGAUGGGGAGGGGGAUACAGAGGAAGAUGAUUACGAUGACAUUAUUGAGCCCCUUCUCUCCCUUGACCAAGCUUCUCAUUGUGAGCUAGGGCCUACACCCAGCCUGGAUCAGGCCUCUCACAGUGACUCCGAAAUGGACAGGAUUGUCUUUAGAGGGACACAUUUUAAACAAAUGGAACAAGAACUGCCGAUUAAAAAUCAGACAUCACAGCGAUUUUCAUCAGUUGAUGAACAAGCAAAGCUUCAUAAGACUAUGUCUCAAGGAGAGAUUACCAAGUUGGCAGUGAGACAGAAGGCUUCAGAUUCAGAUAUAAGACCUCAGAGAGCUAAGAUGAGAUUCUGGGCCAAAGGGAAACAAGGGGAGAAGAAGACGACUAGAGUGAAGCCUACUACCCAGUCAGAGGUUUCGCCAGUCUUCACAGGCGCAGAUGUGAUUCCAGCUCAUCAGUUUCCAGAUGAAUUAGCUCAAUAUCACCCAACACCUCCUUUGAGCCCAGAACUGUCUGGCAGUUGCCGGAAGGAGUUCAAAGAGAACAAAGAACCUUCUCCAAAGGCUAAGCGCAAGCGAAGUGUGAAGAUUAGCAACGUGGCUUUGGAUUCUAUGCAUUGGCAAAAUGACUCUGUCCAGAUCAUAGCAAGUGUCAGUGAUUUAAAAAGCAUGGAUGAAUUUCUUCUGAAAAAGAUGAAUGACCUAGAUAAUGAAGACAGCAAGAAGGAUACACUAGUGGAUGUUGUAUUUAAAAAAGCCCUGAAGGAAUUUCGGCAGAAUAUCUUCAGCUUUUAUUCAUCUGCAUUGGCGAUGGAUGAUGGGAAAAGGAUACGGUAUAAAGACCUCUAUGCACUAUUUGAACAGAUUCUGGAAAAGACAAUGAGGCUGGAGCAGCGGGAUUCACUGGGUGAAUCUCCAGUGAGAGUUUGGGUCAACACUUUUAAAGUGUUUUUAGAUGAAUAUAUGAAUGAAUUCAAGACUUCAGAUUACACAGCUACAAAGGUGCCAAAAACAGAAAGAAAGAAAAGAAGGAAAAAAGAAACGGAUUUGGUGGAAGAACACAAUGGUCACAUCUUUAAAGCCACCCAAUAUAGCAUCCCUACAUACUGUGAAUACUGUUCUUCUUUGAUAUGGAUAAUGGACCGAGCCUCUGUUUGCAAAUUAUGCAAGUAUGCUUGCCAUAAGAAAUGCUGUCUGAAAACCACAGCCAAGUGCUCUAAAAAGUAUGAUCCAGAGCUAUCAUCUCGACAAUUUGGAGUUGAACUGUCCCGUUUGACCAGCGAAGACCGAACUGUUCCUUUAGUGGUGGAAAAGCUCAUAAACUACAUUGAAAUGCAUGGACUGUAUACAGAAGGUAUUUAUCGAAAGUCUGGUUCGACUAAUAAAAUCAAGGAGCUUCGACAGGGUCUAGAUACAGAUGCUGAGAAUGUAAAUCUAGAUGACUAUAACAUACACGUCAUUGCAAGUGUAUUCAAACAAUGGCUUCGAGAUUUGCCCAAUCCUCUCAUGACCUUUGAACUCUAUGAGGAAUUUCUUCGAGCUAUGGGCCUUCAGGAGAGGAAGGAGACAAUCCGUGGUGUAUACUCUGUGAUUGAUCAACUCUCCCGAACUCAUCUCAAUACACUGGAACGCCUCAUCUUUCAUCUAGUCAGGAUUGCUCUACAGGAAGACACUAAUCGAAUGUCUGCUAAUGCUUUGGCCAUUGUGUUUGCGCCCUGCAUUCUCCGCUGCCCUGACACCACUGACCCACUACAAAGUGUACAGGACAUCAGUAAGACUACCACUUGUGUGGAGCUAAUCGUUGUGGAACAAAUGAAUAAAUACAAGGCUCGUCUCAAAGAUAUCAGUAGCUUGGAAUUUGCUGAGAAUAAGGCAAAGACCAGGUUGUCACUGAUUCGUAGAUCAAUGAAACCUGUACUAAUUGCAGUUAGAUUCAUGAACAUUACCCGCAAUUCAGUCUCGGGAAAGGGGCGUAUUCGUCGAGGAAACUAUCCAGGUCCAUCGUCUCCUGUUGUAGUUCGGUUGCCUUCUGUAUCUGAUGUCUCAGAGGAGACCUUGACUAGUGAGGCAGCCAUGGAGACUGACAUCACAGAACAGCAGCAAGCAGCUAUGCAGCAGGAGGAGAGAGUACUGACUGAGCAGAUUGAGAACCUACAGAAGGAGAAGGAGGAGCUGACAUUUGAGAUGCUUGUACUGGAACCCCGUGCCUCUGAUGAUGAAACUCUUGAGUCUGAGGCCUCCAUUGGGACUGCUGAUAGCUCAGAAAAUUUGAAUAUGGAGUCUGAAUGUGCUAUCUCUGAGAAGUCAGAGAGAAGCUUAGCCCUUAGCUCCCUGAAGACAGCUGGCAAGUCUGAACCUUCCAGCAAGUUGCGAAAGCAGCUUAAAAAGCAGCAAGACUCUUUAGAUGUAGUGGACUCUUCAGUCUCCUCUUUAUGUCUGUCUAACACGGCAUCGUCUCAUGGGACCAGAAAACUAUUUCAGAUUUAUUCCAAAUCUCCAUUCUACCGAGCUGCCUCAGCUAAUGAGGCCCUGGGAAUGGAAGGACCAUUGGGCCAGACCAAAUCCCUGGAAGACAGGCCUCAGUUCAUCAGCAGAGGAACCUUCAACCCAGAAAAGGGCAAACAAAAAUUAAAGAAUGUGAAAAACUCACCUCAGAAAACCAAAGAGACCCCAGAGGGAACAGUCAUGUCUGGCCGCAGAAAAACUGUGGACCCAGACUGCACCUCCAACCAACAGCUAGCACUCUUUGGAAAUAAUGAAUUUAUGGUCUGAACCGGCAGAUGUGUGUCCCUCCGUGGCUACAGAGUGGUAAACACAUCUCACCUUUGGGGCUGCGUUUCAUCACCUCGUCCACAAUAGUCCAUCCUAAUUGUGGUCCUGCCUCUUUUCUAAGCAUAUGGCUAAGACUGUAUGUGCUGAAUUCCUGGGCCUCCUGCAGAAGCAGAAAGCCUGCUGGGAAUGGUGCCAGCUGUGCCUUGGCUGCUGUAUUUGAAUUGAGAUUUUACUAAACAAAGCCACCUAGGGCCUGGGGAUUUGGGUCAGUUAUAGUUGCCUCUCCCCCACCCUCUUUUCCCUUCCCAAAGGUGGGUGUUGAACUAGGGGGGAUAUUGCUGACCUGAGGGACCCUCUCAUUUCUGACAUUUGAAGAAAACGUAUAAGUCUUUCUUAACUAUGAAAGCAAAAGCCUUUGGGUUUAUUUUGGGAUAGUUAGGAGCUGGGGUAGAAUAUAAUUUUUUUCCAAAAACUUAUAAACAAAAAGCGUAAUCCCUCUAUUUUAAGAUUUCUGAAAAAACACUCCAUGUUAUAUUCUGGGGAAAGCAAAAAAAGUGAUUGUUUCCAUUAAGCCAUCAGAGCGUGUCUCAGAUAUCUUGUUAUAUGGUGAAGAAGAGAAUACCUAUUUUGUUUUUGAUGAUGUUUGAUGUCAUAAUAAUCAGUGCUGGUUUGACUCCUGUUUAGUUCCUGCCAAAUACAUUGCAUGGGCUGAAGUGUCAGUAGCCAUACUGUUCUCAUAUUUCCUGGUCCUAGGAUCAGAUUCUUAUACUUUCAUUUUUAGUUUCCCAGAGACAUGGUAAUCCCUAAACUUAUGAAGAUUCCAUCCUAAGCCAUUCAGGCUUUUCUCUUUGUAUAGAUUAAACCGAAAACCACAUAUGAGCCUGUUCAUCUGCUGGUGGAUUCCCACCACAGACUCAAAUAAUGUGACCGUUUAGUUAGUUCUCCAAAAACAUUCACAUACAAUAUUGCAUGAAUAAGUGUUACAGAAAGCUGCCAAAAAAUAAAAAGGUUUUUAAUAUGUCCUAUCUAACUUUUAUCUUCCUUUUCUCAGACCAUCAGUAUUAAAUAGAUGGAAAAAAAUCAAGGACUACUUGAAGCUAUUUUUGUUAAUAUUCUGGUUACUGAAGUUUAUUGUAAAUAUGUAUGUAUAGUAGGCAUAUUUCUUUUUAACCUUGUGCUUCCCUCCUUCCCAUGGAAUUUCUUCCCACAGAUUAGGGGCCACUGGACAAGGGGAUGAGAGCCAUUCAUCCCUGGGUUGAGGGAAUAGUAAGACAUCAUUUUCACCACUGGGUGGUCUUCAUACACAUGAGUUAUAAUAACAUUUUAAGUAUCUUAGCAUUUGUGGGAAUAGAAAUCUGUUUUUGCUAUUUAUAAUAUAUGAAAAAUGAAACAUGAUAGCCUUUCUCGAGAUAAGUAUGUGAAAUGUUUAUUUUUAAAGUUACUAAAUGCAUCUUGUCUUGCUACUACAUGCACUGCUCUGAAAAAGAGCCUUUACCAUCUAUAACCUGUAUUUUGGUUAUUCUUCCUUUUCAUACUUCUUUGAAGUUGUGGAAAUAUUAAGUCUUUUGUUAAGGCAGAGUCUCUCCUGUUACACAACACUGAACCUCAUGCCACUGCCUCAGUGGUUAUUGGCCAGCCCCAGAGGUUAGACUUGGAGCAUAAUUCUGAGUGGCAGCUAAAGGUAGCAGGAGUUUUACCUCUCCCUGCUUUGGGUUCAGAAUUGAGCCAGAGAAAGGAAGCUUUUAAAAUCUCCAGAAUAAUGAUGGUUAAUGAGCAAAUGUUAUGCUUUAUAUCCCACAGACAUCUGCCACCUUGUUUGUCUUGUCCUGAGGAGUAAUAAAUGUUAAGCUUUUAAAAAUCUGAAUUUCAGAGAAUCUCCUAGAGGACAGAGGAAAACCCCUCAGCAUGGUGUGUCAUAGUGGGAUUGCUGGUUCCUUAGCCCCAUGCCAGGUUGCACAGUCUGUGUUUCAGUGUUCUUGGGGGAGUAGUGUGCUGCUGGGCAUUAAUUGUUACUCUGCACUUACUCCAGAAUGUUGGUUAAAUCCUGUAUUUAAAAAAAAAAAAAGAUUGCCCUUAUCAGAUAAUUUCCUGUGGCCCAGAGGAAUGGCCAGGAGAAGACAUGUUGGCACAUGUUCUUCCUUCUAAAUCUUUGUGGGAUUUUUUUGGUAAAAUAAGUUUUUUGGCAGUUAAAAAAUGACUGAUGUAGGUCACUUUAUAGGAACUAGCUGAUGGAUGUUAAGAGACUUUAUAAUUUUUCUCAGGGACCUGAAACUCCAAUUUGGGUAAAAUUCAAUUAAAAAAAAAAGAAAGAAAAAACUUGUUUUUUUCAGUUGCUAGAUUUAUGUGGAUUUCUAGUCAUUUAGUCUGCCAGGAUUGGGGUGGGUGGGUGAGGAGGAGAGAUCCACCAAAUUGUAAGAGUGGAGAGCAGUGUGGGGCCCUCCCUUUGAGGGAAAGCCGUUGUUUACAUAGGGUAAUAGGCCUUGUUGGCCUGAUCAAGAGAUGAAGCCAUAACUCCUAAAAACCUUCAGAACCAAAUGCUGUGUCUGCAUCCAUCUGUUCUCACUGGCCCUCUGCAUGGUAAAGUUAUGUCACCACAAAGUGAUGCCGCGUUACAGUCACUUAUGAAACUUAGCCCUUCGUAUGCAUCACACUUGUGGUUCUGUAGUGCUUCUCCUUUGCUUGUUUGCUUUGAUCUGCAUGGCAGCAGUGGGGCAGCUCCACAUUUGGAGCCCAUACUCCAAAAUGCAGAGCACUCUACUUCUAGCACACAUUCCCAGCCCCAAACAAAACCUGAAUUUUCAACUCUGCCCAUUAAAGUGAAUGUAUCCCUGUAAUUUAGUAUGUAUUUAUUAUGGAAAAUGCAACAAAAGCAGAGAAGUGUGAUUUCAUUUUGUAUCACAAAUUGAAGCAAAUUAACAGCAAAUCCAGCAGGAUUCAGGGAGGCUUAGUUUACAACGUAUUUUGUACCUCCUGCCAUUUAAAUUAUUUUGCCACUCUGGGCUUCUGAAAACACAAAGGGAGAUACAGCCCUCCAACUAUGAGCCUUGCAGAGAGAGACAAAAGGGCCAGAGGUCCUGGGAUGGAAUACUAGAGCCCCCAUCUUCUCUUUGGAAACCUGCCAGAGCACUUAUCCUGCUGGAAUAUUAAUGCAGACUCCGUUCUGUGUUUCAUAACGGUAGAGUUGUUUUCACCAUCAAAAACAGAGGGUCACAAAAACAGAGGGUCAGAAGUGUGCUGAAAAGAUGUGGUCCAGCAGGGUUCUAUAGUCCCACCUCAGUGCCUGUGGUCUGUGUUUUUAACUGUAACAAGCACUUUGGUAAACUAGAAAGAAGAAAGGAUUCUCAGGAUGUGUUCAAAGCUAAGAGAGUUUUCAUUUUAAAAAGAAACAUACUCUAUGGCUUUCCUCAUCCUCCUCUCUUUUUUCUUCUUGGUGGGAAGCUGGAUGCGGGACAUGCAUCAUUCUGUAUGGACAAAUGUGUUACGUCCACCCAUACUCUUGUGACAGCUCCCCAGCACUGUCCCCCAAUACCAUGCUGGACUUGGUAGUAAAACUCCGUGGUAUCUGUGGGAGUCCUCUUUUUCUGUGCCCUAGACUACUUUUAACAAACACUUUUCUCUGGAAUGACUCCCACAUUUAAUUGGGUAUUGAAAGGGUAACAGCAAAAUGAUGAUUGUGGAGAUGGAUCUGUUAGGUCUCAUAUUGGUCCCCUGGUUGAAACUUUUUUCAAAAAAGCCCCCACAAUGAGCCUGUCACCUUGCUAGUCAUCCAUUCUUAAUGCCUAUUUAUCAGCCCUCUGAGGUCAUAUAAAAGUUGCACCUUUUGAACCACAAGUAUUUGUAUUUACUAUGGGAAAGGUGUGGACUACAGAUUAGUAUUAUAUUUAAUGGAUUUUAAGUAAUUUAUAAGUAUGCUGAGUGUAAAUUUUUAAAGAACUGUAUUAUAAAAGGACAUAUCCUGUGAAAUAUAACAUUUUACUGUUUAAUAGAAUAAUUCUAUAAGAAGAAUGAUUUGUCUCACCCACGAACUGAUUACAUUCCGGAUGCAAUCAACAGGCACUUUGUAAUUUCCUUUCUGUUUUUUUUCUUUGCGGGGGGUUGAGGGGUAACAAGACAUCAUCUGUAUAAAGUGCAGUUUGUGUCACUCAAAAUAUGCACUGUAUGGCUACACAAAAGCAGCUUGAUGAACAAAUCACCCUAUGGCUCAUUAAAGAACAAAGCUUCCAGAAGCA